GACGACCCACCAGCGCACGAACAAACAACAAACAAACAAUAAGCAGCGACGAUCGACGACCUGAUCGAUAUCAACCACCGCUCUCAGCAGCAGCUAGCGAUGGUGUCGUGGAAGAAGAAGCGCGGCGGCGGCGGGGAGUCGCAGUCGCCCAUCCGGGGCGCGGCCGAGCAGGAGAAGGUCCCGAGAGGGCACGUCCCGAUGCUGGCCGCCGGCGAGGACGACGACGCGGUAGACGUCGGCGAGCGGGUGCUGGGGCCGGUGACGCUUCUCAGCGACCCUUCCGUCGCGGAGCUGCUGGACAUGGCGGCGCAGCGGUACGGGUACGGCCAGCCGGGCGUGCUGCGGGUGCCCUGCGACGCGGGCCGCUUCCGCCAGGUCCUCCACGGCGCCAUGCACCGACGCGGCAUCAUCAGCUCGUCAGCCUGAAAUGGCCGGCCGGCCGGCUGGCUUGGCUUGGCCAUGGAUGACGACAACGCCCGGCGCCCCGGCCCAUGAGAGGAGCUAGUAGUAGCUAUUAGUACAGCAGUAGCACUGGGCAGCUUCAGUUUAUCUUAUUAUUAUAUAGAUAGAUGAAAAUAGUUUGUUCUUUGUUAUUAUUAGGUCGAUUAGAUUCUUUGAUGAACAUAUGUAUACAUACACACGCAGACACGCUUAUUGUAUAUGUUGAUUAUUUUUAAACAGAUACUAUAGAUGAUGGU